AAAUAUAGUUAACCAAAUUUAGAAUACAAGUAAACAACAGAUUUAUAAUUAAAUCACUUCAAUCUUUUGUUAUGUCAGAGUUGUCUAUUGUUGAUCCUUUAACUUGCGGUUUCGCUAAAGUUGCAGUAUAUAUAGCUUUGACUGAAAAACAUAAAAUCAAACAUUUAGUAAAUGAAAAUUAUAAAGUUUUUAGGUCAAGAGUGCUCAAUCAUCAAUACAAAACUUAUAUUGAAAAAAAUCCUAUAUUUCACUUUGAUUAUGAACAAAUAAAAAAAAAAGGCCCGGUUAUUAUUAACCAUAUAAAAAACUUAAAGGGGUCCAGGUCAAAAUUGUAUUUGAAAGAUAUUUUGCUUACCUUUUCCAAAGAAAGAUUUAAUAACUUAGGAAGCUCAAAAAUGCUUCAUAGCCUUUUUAACUGUCAAGGAUGCAUAACUAACAAAAGAUUAAAAAAAGUGUUAGAAAAAUUUCCUGUCAAAUGUAAAAGGUUCAAAUAUAAAGCAGAAAAAAGAGGAAUGUAUAGGCAAAAAAAACUUUCAACCGCAACUCAUAAAGCACUAAUCAGACUAGAUCAGGACUUUAAUAAAAAAUAUUCUACCACAUUCACAAAGGCUAUGAAGAUCAAUUUACCUAAUCCACACAAUGAAAAAAUGAAACACAGAUAUGAUGCAAAUAAAAUAAAAAACGAUAUUGAAAAUCAAUGGAAAGAAACCUCAACAGAUAGGGCAUUUGGUGUUCCUGUAUCAUUAAGCAAUAGAGAUAAGCUCCGCCUAACCCAUAGUUUUGAAACACAAAAAAAUGCAAAAAAAAGAAGAAUAUUAGAAAUAUCAGCUAUAAAAAAUGUAAGUCAUGUACAAACAAAUGAGUUGGUUAAAAUAAGAAUAGUAUAACUUCAAAACAGAUUUGAGUUAAGUCAAUAUUUAUAAUUAUGUUAAAUUUAGGAGUGGUACAAGUCAUUAGUUUAUCCAGUGACCCCUGGGAGUAGUAUGUAGAGAUUUUUCUAGAUAAACCAAUAAAACCUAAUAAAUAUCAAAUUAAGGAAAAUUUAACUUUCACCAUUAUAGCUCUUACCAGCUCAUAUGAUCAUUAAUGAUGUAUGCAUUUUUUAUAAUUGGGACAAUAUACACAUUAAUUAAAUGCAACAGAUGGCCUUGGUAUUAUAACUUGUGGCCAUAUACAAAGCUAUAGCUAAA